UAUGCGCAUGCAUAUGCACUGCAGUUUACGGUAGUACCGCGUGGUCGUCGAGGGCUGAUCAAAAUUCUCAACCACGAACGAAAAGCUUGCAAUUAUGUUGGUCCUCUUUGAAUCACCGGCAGGAUAUGCCAUUUUUAAGCUUCUUGAUGAGAAGAAACUUCAGAAGGUUGAUGAUCUGUACAAAUCGUUUGACUCUCCAGAACAAGCAAGCAAGGUACUGAAGCUAAAACAGUUUGAGAAAUUUCAAGACACAACUGAAGCCUUGGCAGCUGCUACCGCCCUUGUUGAAGGCAAGCUAGGCAAAGGACUGAAAAAGAUAUUGAAGAAAGUAGUAGCCAAAGAUGCUCAAGCAGAGCUUGCUGUCGCUGAUGCCAAGCUGGGAAAUAUUAUCAAGGAUAAACUUAGCAUGAGUUGCGUCCAUAACUCUUCAAUCCAAGAGCUGAUGAGAGGGAUCAGGUCUCAGUUUGAUAGUUUGGUUCCUGGUCUACCUGGAAGAGAGAUGACUGCUAUGACAUUGGGUCUAGCUCACAGUUUAUCAAGGUACAAGUUAAAAUUCAGCCCAGACAAAGUGGACACCAUGAUCGUUCAAGCCAUAUCAUUAUUGGAUGACUUAGACAAAGAGCUGAAUAAUUAUGUGAUGAGAUGCAGAGAAUGGUAUGGCUGGCAUUUCCCAGAGCUUGGUAAAAUCAUCACAGACAAUCUAGCAUUUGCAAAGACAGUACUACAUAUGGGUGUGAGAACCAAUGCAGCUAAAACAGACUUCUCAGAAAUCCUCCCUGAGGAACUUGAAGAGCAAUUAAAAUUGGCCGCUGAAAUCUCCAUGGGAACAGAAGUAUCUCAAGAAGACAUCCUAAACAUAAAGUACCUAUGUGAACAGGUGAUUGAGAUUACUGAUUACAGGACACAGCUAUAUGACUACCUCAAGAACAGAAUGGCUGCCAUUGCACCUAACCUCACAACUAUGGUAGGAGAGCUUGUUGGUGCGAGGUUGAUAUCACAUGCAGGAUCACUGAUGAAUCUUGCCAAGCAUCCUGCCUCUACGGUUCAGAUCCUUGGUGCUGAGAAGGCCUUAUUCAGAGCACUUAAGACCAAGAAAGACACACCCAAAUAUGGUCUUAUCUAUCAUGCAUCACUGGUUGGUCAAAGCAAUCCGAAGAACAAAGGAAAGAUGUCAAGAAUGUUAGCGGCCAAAACGUCAUUAGCAAUCAGAUAUGAUGCUUUAGGAGAUGAUGCAAGCUGUGAGUUAGGGUUGGAGAGCAGAGCCAAGAUUGAAUCAAGAUUAAGAAGUCUUGAACAAGGAGAAGAAAGACGGAUUUCAGGGACAGGGAAAGCCAAGGCCAAGUUUGAGAAAUACCAGCACAAGAGUGAGGUCGUAACCUAUGACCCUGGUAUGGACUCCACUCUUCCAUCUGUCCCUAAGAAAAGAAAGAUAGAAGAACUAAAUGGAGAUGAUGAUGGAGAGGAGACCACAGCACCACCAGAGAAGAAGAAGAAAAAGAAGAAGAGGGUCUCAGAAUCAGAAGAAGUUGUAAAGCAAGAAUCAGAGGAGGAAAUAGUUCCUGAACCAUCAUCAGAGAAGAAGAAAAAGAAAAAGAAGAAGUAUCAGGAAGUUAAAGAAGAGCCAGAAGAAGAAGAUGAAGAAGUUGUUGAACCAGAGAUAAAGAAGAAAAAGAAGAAGAAACAUCAGGAAGUUAAAGUAGAACCAAAAGAAGAAGUUAUUGAACCAGAAACACCAAGUUCAGAAAAGAAGAAAAAGAAGAAGAGGAAAAGUGUAGCAGAAGAUGACUGAAAGCUGAUUAAUAAAAUUCUGAAUUUUUAUUGGAGGUCAUAUAUUCUUUGAGCACUUUCAUUCUGUGAUAUCAGCAUAUAUGGACAGCAUAAAUGUGGCCAGCUUUUUUUUUUCAAAGCUUCAAAUUUGACCAGACACAGUUAUGUAAUUCUUCAUGACAAGUGUAAUUCCUACUCUACACUUGAUUAUUUCAUCAUUUUAGGUAAAUGCAUAAUUUUAUGAUACUGCUUCUACACUUUAACCUUGAUUCUAUCGCAAAGAAUACAAUUCAAUGUAUCUGGGCCCUGUUUCAUAAACCAUGUAGAACUUAAAUCAUAUAAUUUGAUUGGCCAAGAGAAAAUAUGUUGUAGAUUAUCGCAUUUGUAACUUCAUAUUUUAUGAAACAUGGCCAACUUAUGCUGCAUUGUCAAGUGUUGAUUACAGAUUUCUGUCUUUUAAGAUGUCUGUCUGGAAUCAUCAAUUUGGAGCUUUAAUGGAAACAAAUUUUUCCGUGUUUUGAGCCUUGAAGCAGCUUGUGUAUAGUUUAAAUGCAAGUUAAUACCAAUUAUGCAUCAAUCAGCAGCAAAACAAAAUGGUAGGUGUCCCGGAGGCUACUGUUUCCACAGCCAUAGACUAUGUCAAAGAUAUUUUCAGUAUUCACUAAAAUUAGGUUAUGAUUCUGGUAUGAUUUUAUGUGUAGUGGUGUCCAGAGGGCAUGGAGACAAAUGGAAAAUUUGUAAGCUUUCAGUUUGCCAAAGGUAAAUAAUUGUAUUUAAUAACUUUUAUCAAGUUCAAAUGCCUAAGUGCUUCUUAAAAUCUGUGUACAUAUUUUAUUGUUUAUUUUCUUCUCUUUUUAGUUAAAGCAAAGAAUUUCCAUUUUAUCUUUAUUUUAUUUAAAAUGUGCUUGUUCAGUCCUUCAGUGUAAAAGGCUGAAGUGCUUUUCUUUGAUAUAUUGUGAUGAACAACCAAUAGAAUUCAGCAAAACCUUAUAAUCCUGUAGGAACAGAUGAUCCCCUAUUAAGCAGACCAGGUAAAUUGACUUACAAUGCUGGAUUUCUUCCUUUUUCUUGGCAACAUUGGAAUUACCAGUAAAUGAUUAUACAGUAGUUGAUAUUCUUAUAACAUACAAUUAAAUUUGUAACAUCCAUCAUUUAUGUAUUUUUUAUUAUAACAUGGUAUAAUGAUUUCCUUCUUAAAUGAAAAUGGCAAAGAAAGUUCAAUUUGUCUUAAAUCUAGCAAGAUUACUUUUAUUCUUUUGAUCAUGAUAAUGCUUUCACUUUAACCAGGAUUAUCCUUCAAUUUAUUUCAUCUUUUAUAACCGAUAUGAACUUGAUGUAGUUGAGUUGCAUUACACCAGCACUAUAACUAGUAUGUAGCCGUACCAUAAUGAUUAAAUCCUCCAAAUAUUUUUUGUUCCUCUGUCGUCACAUUGCAGAGAGCAAACAAAGAAGCUGAUUUCGUUAUUGAUUUUACAAACUGGCACAAAUACACUUUAAAGAUGAUGGCGUUCAAAGUUUGGGUGAUUUUCUGAUGCUCCUAAUUUUACACUUUGUAAGUAAGCAGAGCAAUUUUUUACACCAAUCCUUUCAUGAAAUGCAAAAUUUUGUCCACAAUUAGAAUAUAUUCUUAUUCUAUUUAAUAUUUGAAAUGAGGCGCCAAGAUGCAUUUCAGAAACUGCUAUUUUUUUUAUGAAAAACAGGGUUUAGGUCACUUUGUAAAACCAUGUGUAUCAAGUGCAGUGUUUUUUAGCUGCACAAACCACGGUUUGUCCUAGUUGGUAAAAUCGAUAAAUGCAUACGUGCAGCAUACACGCAAUAUCUAGGUUUGGUUAUUGACCUCUGUGUGCCAUUCCGGAGACUGCUACAGUACAGAAAGAAUGGUUUGUGCAACUUGGUAAAUUCAAAGGAGGGGUAUUUGUUGUUUCAUGCAAAAUUGAAAUUGCUCUCAUUGUUUUUAUGAUGCGACUUUGGAUCUGAAACUUUGUCAUUCUAGAGAGUUUAUGACAGGCUUUCAGAAUAUGCAAAAAAAAUCAUUUGAAAAAAAAUUGACCAAAAUUAGGUUUAUGCCGGUUCAUAAAAUCACUUGACGCUUUACCAUCAUAAUUAAUGUGGUAAACCAAAGAAUGUCUUUUAAUUGAUAUCCUAUAAAAUAAGGUGAAUAUGCAUUAACAAUAUCCAUAUGGCAAACAAUGGUUCAUCUUACAAAGAGCUUAGAUGGAUUAAAAUCAUACUAUAAUUGUGAUUGCUAUAAGUCCUUUCUCUUACUACGUCAAUUUAAAUCAAUCGCAGUUUGAUUUGUAUGUAUCAAAACUAAAGAUAGGCCCCAGUUGUACUAUUUUUACAUUAUAGUUUAUGGUAAUUAAAGGAUUUUUUUUUUACUUGAUACUUGAGGACAAUGCAUUGAGAAGCUGUGCAUUUUCAUCCCAUUUUACUAUUUUCAUAGUGACAAAGAAUGCUCAAUAUUUUGGAUAACUGAGUACGAUUAUUGCUCACAUGAGGAAAAGGGACUUCUUGUACUGAUAACUGUUAACUAAUAAUCAAUUUUAUUCAAACAUGUAAUGUGUUUUCCACAUUCCCCAUUCAUUGACUCAUUUUGAAGAAAAGAGUAGGAAGUUUUAUGAUUGAUCGCUUCCUUGUACAUUACAUUGAAUCUGGAAUUAUGUUUUUAUUAAAAUCAUAUCUUUGUAUAAAGCA